AUGGCGAAACGAGACUCUCCCUCGGCACAGAGGAAUAAAGAGCCCAUUUGGAACAUGUUGUCCGCCAAGGUUCUGCCGGCCAUCCCAAAGAAGGACGAGCCCCUCAGAGUGCUGGAAAUAGCCGCCGGCUGUGGUGUUCAUUCCCAUCAUUUUUCACUCCAGUUGGAUCAAACCAAGACCCCAUUUCUGUGGUAUCCCAGUGACCCAGAGGAGUCCUCUAGGGCGUCCAUACAGGCAUAUUUGGAUGAUGAACCAACGUUGAAGGACAAACUACAAUCACCAAUCGAUGUAACGCUCCAUGAAGAUGGCCCGACCGACCCAAAUCUGGUAAACGGAUUGACAUUUGAUCUAUGCAUAUGCAUCAAUAUGAUUCAUAUCAGUCCGUGGUCGGCGACGUUGGGGUUGAUGAAUCUGGCAGGAAACAAACUUUCCAGCGGCGGUAUACUGUUUCUGUAUGGACCAUACAAAGUAAACGGCAGCGCCGUAGAAUCCAAUUUACGGUUUGACAUGAGUUUAAGAUCCAGAGACCCAUCCUGGGGCGUGAGAAACCUGGAAGAUGUCUUUGCAGCCGCAGAAAAGUGUGGGCUAGAGCACGUGGAGACUAUCGAGAUGCCAGCCAACAACCUGAGUGUAAUACUGCGAAAGAAGUAG